AUGGAAAACUGCAUGAAAUGCUCACAGGAUCAAUGGUCUAAUCCCAGACGAGAUAAGUGUGUCCCGCGGCAGAUAGAGUUCCUCUCAUAUCAUGACCGGUUGGGUUUAGUUCUUGUGGUACUAGCCGUUUCUCUUUCAGUUGUAACUGCUUCCGUGUUUGCAAUAUUUAUUAAACACAAGGAUACUCCAAUUGUAAAAGCCAAUAACCAGAACCUCAGCUUCAUACUCCUUCUUACCCUUUUUCUGUCCUUCUGUUGCCCCUUCUUAUUCAUUGGAAAACCUACAAAAAUGUCCUGUCUGCUUCGGCAAGUCGCUUUUGGAAAUGUUUUCACCAUUGCCAUUUCUUCUGUGUUGACAAAAACAGUUAUUGUUGUUUUGGCUUUUAAUGCUACAAAACCGGGCAGAAAUAUGAAGCAUUUGCUGGGUAAAAAUAUGUCUAUAUAUCUGGUAUUUAUGUGCUCAUGUGGGGAAGUUCUGAUAUGUGCUGUAUGGCUGAUUUAUUGUCCACCUUUCCAGGAAUACAAUACUGAAGUUGAGGUUGCCAAGAUAAUAUUACAGUGCAAUGAAGGAUCUGUGGUUGCUUUCUACUUUGGGAUCGGCUAUAUAGGGUUGUUGGCUUUUCUAAGCUUUGUUGUUGCCUUUUUAGCCAGAAAACUGCCGGACACUUACAAUGAAGCUCAGUACAUUACCUUCAGCAUGCUGGUGUUCUGCUGUGUUUGGGUCACAUUUAUCCCAGCCUACCUCAGCACCAAAGGCAAAUACAUGGUGGCUGUAGAGAUAUUUGCUAUCCUGGCAUCUGGUGCUGGACUUCUCUUCUCUAUCUUUAUACCUAAAUGUUAUAUUAUACUAAUCAGGCCUGAACUGAAUGUUAAAGAGAGCAUAGUGGUGGGAAGACAACGGAAUAAGUAA